AUGGAGACACCAGAACGACCCACCAUCACAGUCAUGGCCACUGUCGCUUCGCAUACCGAAAUACCCAGCACCGAAAAGCUGACUGAGAUUAGUAAGAUCGAGGUAUGGGACGAGAAAGGGAAGAAAGUGGAGUUUGGGUCCGUUUAUGAGAAUGAGAAGACGAUCGUGAUUUUUAUUCCCACUGUCAAGCCCGAGGCACUCCAAGCAGCAAACACGAAGAUCGCCAUCGUCGGCUGUGGCGACUGGAAGAUGAUCCAGGACUACAAAUCAACGACCGCAUUCAAAGGUUCCAUGUACGCCGACCCAGACCGUAAACUCUACCACUCCCUCUCAAUGAUGGACAGCCUCAAAGCGACUCCCGCCGGCGAGAAAAAGAAGAGCUACCUCGACAUGAGUCUUUUCGGGCUCGUCACCAAUGGGUUCAAGCGCGGUCUCCGUCACCCCUCCCAUAUUGGUAAACAAGGAAAUAUGUCUCAGCUCGGCGGGGAGUUUAUUUUUGGACCGGGGAAUACGUGCGCGUACGCGUCGAGGAUGAGACAUACUGAGGACCAUGUGGAAGUGGAGGAGUUGAUGAAACAGGCGGGGGUUGCGUUUCCUUGA